UACUGAUGAUACCGUGUUUCCUUCGUGUUUCUGCAUGACUACCCGUUUUCUUUGGUCAGUUUCGGUUACGUCUGUGUUUCGCUGAAAAGUCCCAUCGGUCGCCUUUUUCCUCCUUUGUCUUUCAUGCUUUCCGAAAAGCAAAAACUCCCAAAAAAAGUGUCCGACCGGUUGCGCAUUUCUGCACGAUGUGACACUUAUCUUCCUUUCUUCUUCUCUUUGCCUUCCGCUUUCCUAUCUCGAUACGAUUUGUUUCUUACGAAACACUCCUCUCAUCGUGUCGAAAAGUUCUUCCAAGAGAUUCCUUGCACUGAAGCUCUGGAGUCAGAUGUCACGACAAUUACGAUUGUUUCUCUCUGCGUUUUCGCCUGUGCUUCGCCGUUGCCUUCUCCAUCCUCCCUCUUUGACCUGUUCGAUCUUUCCUCAUUUUCUCUGGAUUUGGGCAUUUCAUCUGGCGACUGUUACUCAUAGAUUGUGUUUGUUCCUUGACGCUUGUCAAGUUGGUACAUUUGGCUUUCUUCUCACGCACGCUCCAUUUGAGUCCCGUGGCGUUAAUACCUUGUCUUUUGUUGUUCGGUUGCCUUUAAUCUGUUUCUUUUUCUCUUCUUU